AUGCACACUCUGUAUGGGAACCCAUACAAAAAGAAAGACAUACUAGUCAUUGAAAAUAUUCAAAGAAGAGCAACCAAGAUGAUACCAGGAUUGUCAAACUUUUCAUACGAAGAAAAACUAAGAACUCUCAAACUACUGACACUAAAAUACAGGCGACUGAGAGGGGACAUGAUUGAAGUGUUCAAGCUCCUAAAUGACAUGUAUUAUUAUGACAAAUCACAGUUACCUAAACUACGAGAAGAUACAACAACAAGGGGGCAUGCCAAGAAUCGGUUCAACCAUAGACCCAGACUUGACAUUAGAAAAUUCUCCUUCGGUCAGAAAGUGGUCGUCAUAUGGAACUCUCUACCAGAAAGUAUCAUCAGUGCAAAGACAGUGUUAACAUUUGAAGUUAGACUUGAAAAAUACUGGCAUAUACAAGAUAUAUUAUACGACUUGGAAUCGGACAUUGCAACCUGGCCGAUAAAGAAUGUAGAGCUGAUGAACGAGACUGAGACCAGCCUUCUAUCAGAAGAGGACUUAUGGUAA